CCGGCUCCUCUUUCUCUCUCUCUCUCUCUCUCUCCCUCUCUCUCUAUGUGUGCUGCUGCUGGCUGCUGCUUCUCUGGGUAGCGAAGCAAGAGGUGCGUCUCUGGGUACUCUGAUGUGUAGAUCACGGAAAUUGGAUUUGCCCAGGAAUUCGAUGAGUUUAGCGGGAAAUGCAAGGUUUAGUGGCUAUGGAGGGAACCAAGAGCGAGGCCGUUUUCGAUUCUCUCAAUGUAAAUCCGCAGCUUUUUGUUAACGAGGUUCUCAAUUCAGUUGAUGACAUUGUUGAUGGCGGGUUCAAAUUCUACGAGAGUGAAGCAGCUCGCAUUUUGGGCGUCAGUGAUGAGAGUAAAUUGGCUGAGUUAAGCAAGGGAGUUUCAGCAGUUAAGCGUUUCAUUCAAUCCACUUUGAACAGGCACUUGAGUAUAUGGGAAAAGUAUUGUCUCACCCACUGUUUUUCAGUGCCAGAAGGAUUCUCAUUGCCCAAAAGGGAUGUUUCUGAUGAUACAGACUUCCAUCAAGGUGAACCAUGCAGGAACAAAGAUCUUGAUGCUGAGUUAGAUUCUUUGAGAGAGAAACUUGUUCUUGCAGAAAGAGAAGCAGGUGAGAUGCGUAAGGAGAUUUCUGCUUUGGAGAAGCAGUCCAGCUUAAGUAGAUCUUAUCUUGGAGCUGUAACUGAGGCAGCAGAGGAAUUGGAGGAGAAUGCUGUUGAUAAGAUGUUCCAGGAAUUGCUAAGUACUGCCGCUGAACUACGUACUAAGCUUGAGAAACUCAGGCCUACAAGGCAUGAAGCAACUGAAGAUGCUGGGGUGGAUGCGAUGGAAAUCCAGUCUUCAACACUUCCCAACGGUAUCUGUGGCAAGUUGGAGGAUCUGCUCGAAUUUGCAAACGCUGUAAAAAGCAUGUGAAAGUGACUGUUUAGAAAUGCUACUGUAAUUUGAUAUCGUUAAAAAAUCUCGAGCUUACCCAGGAGACUCAAUGUGAAUGCUCCUCUCUCUCUCUCUCUCUCCCUUCUCUUCUCUCUGGCCUCUAAUUCAAAUGAAAACACUCCAUGCAAGGUUAUAUGUCUUGAUUCA